CUAUACCACAUUCUCUUGUCUUCUAGCUACCAGAAACUUCCACCACCAACAUAAAUUCAACACUCAGAGGUUCAUGGCAGUUACUUCUUAGAAAGAAGCAAAACCAUAUUUGGUAUUACUCUCAGCAUCAGCAAUGGCCACCCUUCUCAAUUUUCUCUCUGCAAUUUUCUUCCUUUCUCUCAUGGGCCAAGGCUCUGGGCAGUGCUACCCAGUAACUGAUCUGAAAGUUUUCCAAACAGAAACAGGAGAUCGAGUGCAGAACAAGCCGCAGUGGAAAGUGACAAUCUUGAACGAUUGUAUAUGUAGCCAAAUGGGUAUCAAAUUGGGGUGCAAUGGGUUUCACAGUGCAGAGAAAAUCGACCCCUCUAUGCUGGCCAAAGCAGAUGACAGUGUCUGCCACAUCAACCAUGAGCAGCCACUCCGUGGAUUUCACACCUUCAAUUUCACUUACGCUUGGGAUUCUAUCUACCCAUUCCACCCAAUCUACUCUGAAAUUGCAUGUUCUUAAUUAUAUAAAAUAUACUUGUUUAAGGCUUCAUGCCCCAGGACUGUUAUAUAUGUGUGUGUGAGUUUGUGUUUGUUAAGUUUGUGUUGUAUUUGAUCAAUGAUACAGUGGGAGUUGUUAAGCUAAUUUGGUAUCAUUUUAGUCUUCUGGAAAUACAUCUCUUUGUAGUGAGCACAAUGGUAACCUCUUGUUUUUUUAUGAUUUGACAAAUAUGAGUUCGGAGUUUCCAA